UUUCUUUUUUGUGAAUUUGCUUCUUAUAAUCCAUAACAAUGGCGGUUCAAGCUCAAUACCCAUCUAAUGUUCUUCUCCUUAACAGAAGCAUAGCAGAAGGGGAAAACGACGAUUGUUCAUUACAGUUACAAUCUCAACCAGGUGGAACGACUGAUGAUCCAUCUUCUAAUCACAUCUUAUUCACCGAUUUCGCAGUUGCGAGUGGUGGUGUGAAUCUAAGGAAAAGAAGAAGAGAAAUCAACAUGAAUCAAUUGAUGUCUUCUCUUCUUCAUCAACAACAAUUUCAUAAUCAACUUGUGGAUGUUAAUCAGCUCCGAUCGAGAAACAUCGACGUUUCCACCGGUCUCCGACUAGCUUUUAACGAUCAGCAACAAUUACAACAGCAUUCUAUUUCUUCUCAGUCCUCUGUUCUAUCGUUAUUAACACAUGAUUUAUCGACACAAAUCAACCAACAACGAGAUGAAAUCGAGCAUUUUCUCCACGCGCAGGGAGAAGAGCUCCGGCGUACGUUAGCAAACAAGAGGCAGAUGCACUAUUGUGCACUGCUCAGGGCGGCUGAGGAGUCGAUAUCGCUGAGGAUGAAAGACAAAGACGCCGAGGCGGAGAAAGCCGCACGGCGCAACGCGGAGCUGGAGGCUCGAGCGGCGAAUCUUAGCGCCGAGGCUCAGGUUUGGCAGGCGAGAGCGAGGGCACAGGAGGCGGAAGCCGCGGCGUUGCAGUCGCAGCUGCAGCAAGCCAUCAUCGUUACAGGAAGACGAGGAGGAGGAGGGUGUAGUUUAUCACAAGGGGAGGAAGUGGGGCUACGAUGCGCCGGUGGCGCCGGCGAUGCAGAGGAUGCCGAAUCGGCAUACAUUGACCCAGAACAAGUUGUGUUAGCGAGUGGACCCGGUUGUAAAGCGUGUGGGAAACGAGUCGCCUCAGUGGUUUUGCUGCCGUGUCGGCAUCUAUGCGUUUGUACAGAGUGCGACGGCGUCGUUCAGACCUGCCCGUUAUGUCUUUCAUUCAGAAGCUCAAGCAUUGAAGUCUAUAUGUCAUGAUGUGGGCCCAUAAAAGACCCAAUCACAUGAUAAGGGUAAAAUUGGAAUUUGGCAAAGUAAAAAUU